CGAGCUCAGAGCGCUGAAGUCGGGGCCGCAAUCUCCUCCUCUCCGGCCACGCGGAUUAUUCUCGCCGAGGACUUUGCCAUUUUUUUUCCUGCCUUCUUUUGGGGACGAUUUCGCUGCCUUCCGAAGGUCUUGAACGAGCGCUCGGGCUCCGUGGGAAGGUUUUGGGCUUUCCGGCCUCGGAUUUUGCAUUUUCUCCCUUGGGACUGUCGUGGGGCUGUUUUCCACUGUGGAUUAUAACUGCAACAUGACGCUGGAAGAGCUCGUGGCAUGCGACAACGCGGCGCAGAAGAUGCAGACCGUGAGCGCCGCGGUGGAGGAGCUGCUGGUGGCCGCGCAGCGCCAGGACCGCCUCACCGUGGGGGUGUACGAGUCAGCCAAGUUGAUGAAUGUGGACCCUGACAGCGUGGUCCUGUGCCUUCUGGCCAUCGAUGAGGAGGAGGAGGAUGACAUCGCCCUGCAGAUACACUUCACGCUCAUCCAGUCCUUUUGCUGCGACAAUGACAUCAAUAUCGUCCGGGUGUCGGGCAUGCAGCGCCUGGCGCAGCUGCUGGGCGAGCCCGCGGAGACCCAGGGCACCACCGAGGCCCGAGACCUGCACUGCCUCCUGGUCACGAAUCCUCACACAGAUGCCUGGAAAAGUCACGGCCUGGUCGAGGUAGCCAGUUACUGCGAAGAGAGCCGAGGAAACAACCAGUGGGUCCCCUACAUCUCCCUCCAGGAGCGUUGAGACCCUUCCCGGCAUCAGAAGCUGUUGAGUUGCUGCCAAAAAAAAAAAAUAAAAUAAAUAUUUGACCCCUCCCCCCCAGAACAACCCCCCAGAACAACCCAUCCUGUGAGACCGCGGGGGCAGAAUCAAUGGAGAAGAGGGGAGUGCGUGGCCACCCCCAGGGCGGUGAGCCUGGAGCAGCGCCAGCUGUGGCCACCGUGACAGGAGAAGAGGGGGACCGGGCCAGCAGGAGAGGGGAACCGGAGCCCAGGCUUUGUGACGGAGCAGCUGGAGCGGGGGAGCUGUGGCCCCGCCCGCGCUGGAGGGCUCGGACCGCACGCUGCUCCGGGGCGGACUGAGACCGGCGCUGACGUCUGCGUGGGACUCGGGCGACCGAGGGUCUGCACCCUUGCCAGGACUGGACUUGGGGACUUGGGAGCUGGCGCUGACGUUGCUCUGUACCCAUGAAGUCCCCGUUUGCAAACGUAAUAGACAAUCUAUUUUGUUACUUGCACUCGUUACUUGCACCACUGAGAGAGAAGGGAAGCUUACAGAUACAUAUAUUUUUACUCCUACGAUGACCUUGUAAUAAAUUUCUAAAGCUUC